AUGCCACCGAAAAAAUCUAAUCUCAAUAACGCGAGGGGCAGAGAGGCACGACGCAAACGUGUUGAAAGUGCUCAUCAGUCGGCAGAACAAUUCGAAACAAGAAAUGCAGAUCAAAGAAUCAGGACAGCAGAGAGUCGUGCACAAGAACAUCAAGAACAGCGUGACGAACGUCUGCGACAGACUAUUAUGAGAACAAGAGCAGCACGAGAGCAAAACAUGGCUACAGCUCGAGUACAAGAACGACAGAGGCAGCGAGCCAGCCGCUCAUUAUCACGAGCAUCAUUUGUUCGUCUUGCUUUCGAAUAUGCAUCAGAUAUUAACUACUCUGCGCAUUCAAAAAUCGCUAUCGAAGAUCAUAAUGAACUAAUUCGAUUGAUUAAAAGAGUUUCGCCACGACUGCAAAAUGACAACUAUCAAGUCGUCAUAAAAGCCGACAAAUUACCAUUAGGUGAACAUGCUGGCAGAUUCAACGCUCCAACUGUUGAUGAGGUCGUUAUUAUUAUGGUUGGUGAUCCAGUUGACAAAAGAGCUAUAAAAAUUACACGACAAGACAACACUGUCAGUACGAUUUCGGAUCUACACCGUUCAUAUUACGCACUACAAUAUCCAUUAAUAUUUUGGCAAGGACAGGAUGAAUAUCACCUUAACAUCAAACAGUGUGAUUCAAAUACUGGUAAAUUUGACAAUUAA